AUGCACUCGAGAAGGAAAGGGAACCGAAGAAGUAACACCAACGGACUGCGGAAGAGCGAAACAUUUGAGGACUUUUACGGCAGUCAUUACGGGGAACGCUGGGCAGCGCUCCGCAAGGCACUGUGCGCACCGGCUUGCGACAGGUCUGUUCUCUGGAACAAAUUUGUUAAGCUCCCCUUUGAAAGUGCUAUGGGGGACGUGAAGCGCGUUGACGACGCCUUGCUUCUUCAGUUGUUUAGCCCACUGGGAAGUGGUGAGAUGCCCCCACCGGCCAUUGAUGAAUUCAAUGUAAAGGCGCACUAUCCCUUAGAUUACACAACUGCACUGGCUGUAGAGCUACUAGGCGUACAACAAUUUGACCUUGUUCUUGAUCUCUGUGCGGGAGUGGGCGGUAAAUCCAUAGCAAUUUCCCAGUUCCUAUCUAAUAGUGCUUCAUUAACCGCCAAUGAGCAGCGCGGUGACCGCUGUGCCCGUUUGCGCCGCAACAUCAAGGAGUACGUGCCUAGCAAUUACGUCCCUGUAACUGUUACACAGCGCAAACCAGAAACUUGGCACGACCCAUCGACUUACCACCGCGUUCUCGUUGACGCCCCAUGCACGGGAGAACGACAACUGCUCCAGCACAGUGGCAAGCAUGCAGUUAGUCCACUGCACUGGUCCCUACAAGCUUGUGUGGAGCUAAGCCACACUCAGCGGGGGUUACUUCUUCGAUCUAUCGAGACAUGUCGACCUGGGGGGCGUAUUGUGUACACUACGUGUUCCAUUUCACCGCUAGAAAACGAUGAAGUUGUCCGUGAGGCAUUAAAACGAACGCGCUGUCAGGUGGAGCUAAUGCAUCCCCCAGUACCCAUUGGCGAGAAGACAGAGUUUGGACACAUUGUACUACCUGACCGAGAUAAUGGUCGGGGGCCGGCGUAUUACUGUGUCAUCCACAAAAUAUCUGAUAAACGAGAGGAGAGUGAGGAUGAGGAUGAGGAUGGAAAUGACGAUGAUAGCACGAGUUCAUAA